AUGCAGGCCCCAGUUCAGAAGAAAGUUUUUACUGAGCGGAUAAAAGAAAAGCGCCCGCCCGGUUUCAACUUGGGAAUUCGAACGAACACGACUUCCGCGACGCUUUCUACGCCCGAUUUGAAAAAAGCUCUCCAGACGCCCGAUUUGGAUCGAAUUCUCACUUCAAACCUCAACGAUCUGAGCAGCGAUUCCACCCAGCGUCAAGCAGCAACGAUCAAGCAAGACCCCGAUUCGGUUUCUGAGCAAGAGACGAUCAACUUGAGCACGAGUCCGCCCGUCGCGAUGAAUUCUGGAAACGAAACGCAAGUUAUAAACCAAACCGACCAGCAUUUGUCUUCAAGCAGCCAAAAUGCUAUUCCAAUGAUGACGACAUUCGCCGUUGUUCAGGAUCGAAACACAAAUCUACCAAUUGUCCCGGUCGAUUUGGAGAAACAAGAGGAAGAAAAAGUUGAAAGAAAACGAGAAAGAAAUCGAAUCGCAGCGACCAAGUGUAGAAAGAGGAAAAUAGAACGGAUAAAUAUCUUGGAAGAAGAGGUAAAAAUGCUGAACGAAAAAAUGAGCGAGCACAUGAACACAAAACGCAAGCUUCAAAUCGAGAUCGACGAGUUGCGCAAUCGCAUCCGCGCUCAUGUGAAACAGGGCUGCAAGAAUCUCGAAGAAUAUCUUGUCGACACCCCCUAA